GUGUUAAAUUUUAUCGACAAUCAUAUUUAUAUCUUAACAUUUCAUCAUAACAGUAUGGAAGUUUCUUUUCACAAAUUGCAAUAUAACGUGGGAUGUCUAUGAUCUAAUCAGGCUUUAAUAAAAUAAUUAUUUCUUUUGUCUAUACUAAUAUUAUAUGUAUACGAGGAAACAUUGGCUUUUUUUUGCAUUGAAUAGGCUCCGCGAAUAUAUUAUAAAUUAUUCACCGCGAUAUUCAAAAUUCACCUAUGGGAAGCUACAUCAUACGCGGGUGACAUAGGCUUUAAUUAAUGCGAGCAUAGUCGUUGGAAAUAGUUAAUAUAAAGUAAAUCUACGAAUAGUGACAAUAAAAAGUUUUUCAUUAUGAUUUUCAGUGUAUACUCGAAGAGAGGAGACGAGGAUAUAUAAAACCAGAACAAUAACAGAUAAAUUAAAAAAGAAGUGGCAGUAGAGACCUGUCAAAGAAAAAACAUAAAAUGGCAACUAUGAUUACGUAAAAGAAAAUUAAUAAUUUACACGUCUCAGUAUCAUCAAAAUAACAAAAAAAAAAUGCAAAACAUAUUAUUAUUCAUAAUUUAAACAUAUCUGCGGGACUAUGUGCGAUUGCGCAGAAGAGCAGCAGCGGCGAUUACAAGCUGAAAGGGAGCGCGAGGAAUUAGAACGUGAAGCGGCCAAAGCACAAAAGUCUAGCGCAAAGGGUCAAAAGCGCAGUAGCGCAAAGGGGGGCGAAUCAGCUCAAAAGCGGAGCACAAAAUCGGACGCAGCUACUCAAAAGCGCGGUCAAAGUGCUGGCGGAAAGGGCCACUUAGGAGAAGGGGCAGGUCGGAGGCGUGGCUCAAAUGCAGAUGCGCCCAGUACCCCGGCCUGGGUGUCCGUGCUCGGCGGGACGUUGCUUAUGGCGCUUCUCGGUUUCCUCGCAAAGACCGGGUCUGAUCCGGAGGGAUGGGCUCGACCGCUGCAUUCUUGUUUAUGCUAUGUAGGCAAGAGUCUUGGUUCGUACUGCAAUGUACAAUGUGUUCAAGCGGCCGACUUAGAGUCUGGAGGAGAUGAUAAUGAUGACUGUGAUUGCGAAGUAGAUGGUUAUGGAGAUGUUUUAUUUGAUGAUGAUGAGGAAGAAGACGCAGACGAGGAGUAUGAGGAGGAAGAGGAGAAAGAGAACGUGGCAUUGAAGUGCGACGUCCGGAUUGAUAGCAAGAAACGAGUAAGAUUUUUAUUUCUUUUAUUUAUGAAAAUUAUAUGACUACCUACAUAGGUAC